AUGGAAGAUUAAAAUACUAAAAAAGACUUUCACACUCGUAAUUUAGUAAUUAUAAAUUUUAUUAUUAGGACAUAAUUGCAUAAUUGAGAGAGAAAAAAAUGAGAGAAUAAGAAGAGAAAGAAAUGUCAUAAAAAAGAAAAUAAGAUUUGGUAGUUAAAUUGAAAUCUCGAUAUGUUAAAGAAGAGCAGAAAGAAAUUAAAUAAUAGGUGUCUUUGCCAAGUAUUAAUACUCCAGAAUCAAGUAAGAACAGAUAAUCAAGUUUAAAGAAGGAAGACUUAAUGCUGGAAUAAAAAUAGAGAAUAUAAGAGAAACAAAGAUAGUAAUAGUAAUAAAUUAAUAUAAGAUAUUUGGAAUCUAUAAAAACACGAUAAUUAUAAGAAAAAUAAAAGAAAGAAGAAAUGAUUUAAAGAUAAGAGAUUAUUAAAUAAAGUGUAAAAUAGAAAGUUUUAAAUUAAUUGUCUGAAGUAGCAUAAUUUGUGACUAAGGAUGAUUUAUUAGAAUAAGAUAGUGGAUCAGAUGAUUAGGAUACUUAAAAAGUUAAAUUAAAGAAAUAUCCAUUCAUUACAGACUUGAAAUAAUGGAAGAAAAAGUAACGUAUAGAUGAUGCAGUGAAAGUGUUCAUAAUGGUUGGUGGUUAUGGAGAUAUAGCAAAAGCAUUAAUAUAAAGAGGUUGGGUUAAGAAUCCAGAUAGUGGAAGUCCAUGUUUUGAUUUCAAAUUUACAUUACAUAAUUCAGAAAUUGACUAUAAUAAUUUAUAAGACUUUUAGAUUGUUAACCAUUUUGCUAAGAUUAUAUGUUUAACUACUAAAGUUGGAUUAUGUAAGUCUCUUAAUAAUUUAAUUUGGUUUAAUAAUGUAGAUAAAAAUACAUUCUAUCCAAGAGCAUUUGAUUUAUCUGAUGAAGAAGAUUUUGAGAAUUUUAGAGAAGAAUUCAAAUUAUCUAAAGUAAUUCUAUUAUAUAUUUAGGCUGAAGCUAUUUUGAAAAUGUAUCUGCAUUUAUUCAAAAAGAAGGAUGCUAAUUUGAUUGAGAAAAUAAAACCAUAAGCUAUUAUAGCAUUAUCAGUAUGUAGGAAGAUGUUAUAAGAUAUUAAUGAAUUAAUUGAUCAAUAAAAGUAGACUUAAGUAAUUACAUAAAAGGAAUGGGAUAUACUUUCUAAAGAUGAUUUAAAUGUUUAAGCAUUAGCUUAGAAAAAACAUUAAGCUUGGUUAGCUAAAAUAGGAGAAGUUAAACCUUUGAAAAAGAAGAAAAAAAGUAAAUUAGAAAAAGAGUAAGAAGAUUCCAUUGAAGAUGUAGAUGAAUUUACAUAAUAAAUUAUUGAUAUUUUGUAAAUAAUUCAUCUUAUUUAAGAUAAAAAUUCAAAAAUAGAUUUCCUUAAUACUAUUUAAAUGGAGUUGAAAAUAUAUGGAUUGUUAAACCUGCUGGAUUAUCUAGAGGAAGAGGAAUUCAAUGUUAUAAAAAUUUAGUUGAAAUUGAAGAUCAUGUUGCAUCUAAAGGAGCAUAAUGGAUUAUUUAGAAAUAUAUAGAAAAACCAUUAAUUGUACUUGGUAAGAAAAUGGAUAUAAGAUAAUGGGUUUUAAUUACUGAUUGGAAUCCCUUGACUGUUUGGAUUUAUGAUGAAGCAUAUCUACGUUUUACAGCUGAAGAAUAUGAUCCUAAAGAUUUAGAAAAUAAAAUGUCUCAUUUAACAAAUAAUUCUAUUUAAAAAAAAGGAGAAAACUUUUAUAAAUCUGAUAUUGAAGGGAAUAUGUGGAAUUAAGAAUAAUUUAGUGAUUAUUUAAUGGUAAAAUCUAUUGAACUUACAAUUUUAGAAAACUCAUUAAGUAAAUUUCAUGGAAAUCAUUAGACCUUAAUUUGAAUAGGCAAUUAUAUGGUCAUUAUAAAGUGUUUAAGAUUAAGUAGAAUAAAGAAAGAAUUCUCAUGAAAUUUUAGGAUAUGAUUUUAUGAUAGAUGAUAAAUUUCAUGUUUGGUUAAUAGAAAUUAAUAGUAGUCCAGACUUUUCAUAUUCUACUGUAUUUAUAUUAAUAUUAUAUAAUUAGCAUGUAACUGAAAAGUUAGUUAAAGAAGUUUCUGAAGAUUUAAUUAAAGUAGUUAUAGAUAGAGAAAAUGAUAAGAAAUGUGAUACUGGAAAAUUCAAAAGAAUAUAUAAAGCUAAAUCUGUUUUAGAAAAGCCUGCAUCAGUAGGAUUAAAUUUAUGUUUGGAGGGAAAAAAAAUAAAAAAAGUUAAAGGAUGA